UCUAUAUAAUUUAGCUAUAAACUUUUGACUAAUGGGUCGUUCAUCAACAUCAACUUCAACUUCAUCAAAUCUCUCGGUAUCAGCUGAAGAUAUCCACUCUCAAUCAUUUCGCAGAUAAUUUAAACCAUGGCUUUGGAGGUUGUGGGUGGAGCUUUUCUCUCUGCUUUGCUUGAGGAAGUAUUUUCUAAGAUGUAUUCUCGGGAGGUCAAGGACUUCAUCCAAGGGAAGAAACUCACCGAGGUUCUACUAAAGAACUUGAAGAUAACAUUAUUGUCUGUAAAUGCUGUUCUCGAUGAUGCAGAGGAGAAACAAAUAAGUAAUUCAGAUGUGAAGAUGUGGCUGACUGAGCUUAAAGAGGCAAUCUAUGAUGCUGAAGACCUCUUGAAUGAGAUCAAGACAGAAGCGUUAAGGCGCAAGGUGGAAGCUGAAUUUGGAAGUAGCACAAGCAAGAUGUUCAAGAAAUUCUCCAAGAAGAUCUUUUCUCCUUGGUUUCAUGCUUUUGAGAAAGCAGUGGACUCCCAGAUAGAGGACAUUAUGGUGAGACUAGAAUUCCUUGCAAAACAAAAGGAUGUCCUCAAUUUGAAAGCAGAUACAAGACACAGAAUACCACAAACUCUACCUUCAACUUCUUUGGUAGAAGACUUUGGUCUGUAUGGGAGGGAUGAGGACAAGGAGACGAUCAUUAAGUUAUUGUUAUCAGAUGAUUCGACAAGCAGUAAAAUAAGUGUGAUUCCCAUUGUCGGCAUGGGUGGGAUUGGGAAGACAACUCUUGCUCAGCUUGUAUACAAUGAUAGUAGAGUGAAGCAGCAUUUUGACCUCCACGCGUGGGUUUGCGUUUCAGAAGAUUUUGAUAUUGUUAGAAUGACACAAACAAUAUACGGGUCACUCACUUCACAAAAUUGUGAUAUCACAGACCUAAAUAUGCUUCAAGUUAGACUCAAGGAGGCUUUAAGUGGGAAGAAGUUCUUCUUUGUUCAUGAUGAUGUUUGGAGCGAGAAUUACAGUCACUGGGAUGCCUUAAGGCGACCCUUUGAGUCUGCAGCACCUGGAAGUAAGAUCAUUGUCACAACACGCAACACAAGUGUUGCAUCUAUGAUGGGUAAUCUUCAAACUCACCAUCUAACUCAAAUAUCUGAGGAGGAUUGUUGGCUGUUGUUUGCAAAACAUGCCUUCAAAAGUGGAGUUAAUGCAGAUCCAAAUCUUGAAGAAAUUGGAAAACAGAUCGUCAGAAAGUGUAAAGGCCUGCCAUUGGCUGCAAAAUCACUUGGCAGUCUCUUAUGCUCUGAAUCAAAUAUUGAGGAAUGGGAAAAUGUGCUAAAACAUGACAUAUGGCAGUUUUCAGAUAAGGAGACUACCAUUCUGCCAGCUCUAUGGUUGAGCUACCAUUAUCUGCCUCGACAUCUCAAACGUUGUUUUGCCUACUGCUCAGUAUUUCCCAAAGAUUUUUCUUUUACAAAAUCAAAAUUGGUUUUUCUUUGGAUGGCUGAAGAUCUCCUUCAACCCAAAAAUAUGAAAACUGCAGAAGAAGUUGGAGAGGACUACUUCGAUGAUCUCCUCUCAAGGUCAUUUUUUCAGCACUCACAAGGGGACUUUGAUCACCAAUCUGUAUUCACCAUGCAUGACCUUAUCAAUGAUUUGGCAAAGUUUGUGUCUGGAGAUUUUUGUGUUAGGCUGGAGGACAGUGACUCAUUAGACAUUGCGAGCAAGGUGAGCAAGGCUCGGCAUUUUUCAUACAUGAAAACAUAUGGUGAUGGCUUUGAGAAAUUUGAGGCUUUGUAUGAUGCUAAGCAUUUGCGCACUUUCCUACCAUUAUCCCAGAGGAAUCCAAUUACUGCACAGUUCCAAAUGUCCGACAAGAUACUGCUUGAUCUGCUGCCUCAACUGCAAUGUUUGAGAGUGCUUAAUUUAUCAGGGUACAAUAUCCGAGAGUUGCCUAAUUCAAUCGGCAAUCUGAAACAGUUAAAGCACUUGGACAUGUCUUUCACUUCAAUAGAAAAGUUGCCUGAACCAGUAUGUACGUUGUAUAACUUACAAGCAUUAUUGCUGUCAUAUUGUCGAGGUCUUGUUCAGUUGCCAACCAACUUGGAGAGGUUAAUUAACUUACGCCAUCUUGAUAUCAGAGGUACAAAGAUAGAACAGAUGCCACCGCAAAUGGGAAAGUUGAAAGAUCUCCAAACAUUAAGUAACUUUACGAUAGACAAGGCUGCAGGGUAUCAUGAUAUAGUAGAGUUAAAGGAGCUACAGCAGUUGCGCGGAACUCUUUGUAUUUCAGGACUUCAUAAUAUUGUUAGUGUCUCUGAUGUUUUGGAAGCCAAUAUGAGGGACAAGAAGUAUCUGAAUCAACUAGUUCUGAAAUGGGGUGGUGCUAGUGACGAUUCAAUAAAAGAUCGGGAAGUGCUGGAAAACCUCCAACCCCAUACAAACCUGAGAGAACUCAUGAUUGUUUCUUAUGAGGGUACAAGAUUCCCGGAUUGGUUAGUACAUCAUUCUUACUCUAAUCUGUAUUCUCUUCAACUUUUGAAUUGUCAAAACUGUUACUUCUUGCCACCACUAGGACAGCUACCCUCCCUGAGAGAGCUUGAAAUUAUUGGAUUGAAUGGAGUGGUCUCAAUAGGUCCUGAGUUUUAUGGUGAUGCUACUUGUGUAUUUAAGCCAUUUGGAGCUUUGCAAGUUCUGAAAUUCGAAAAUAUGCGGGAGUGGCAGAAGUGGUCUUAUGUUGGAGGUAACAAAGGAGGAGGAGUUUUUCCUAAUCUUCAUGAGCUUCGUCUGCGGAAUUGUCCAAAGUUGACUGGGAGAUUACCAUUAGACUACUUUCCAAAGCUUAAAACACUUGUAGUGUGUCGGACUAACAUAUAUUCCCUCACUUUUGUGCAAGAAACUACAUGUGAGGAACUCCAAUUCCUCGAUUACAUGUAUAUAUACUGUCCAAAUUUUGUUUGUUUCCCCAGUGGAGGGCUGCAUGCUCCCAACUUGACCAAGAUACAUAUCGUUCGGUGCAAGAAACUGAGGUCCUUACCGGAAGAGAUGCACACCCUUCUCCCAUUUCUCCAGUCAAUGGAGAUAAAGGAUUGUCCAGAAUUGGAGUCAUUUCCAGAAGGGGGAUUGCCAUCAAAGCUGAAAUUACUUCACAUUGAGUCAUGCAAAAAGCUCAUUGCAAACCGCAUGCAGUGGGGGCUUCAAAGACUCGUGUCUCUCGAAUACUUGCUAGUCAACUUUGGAGAUUGUGAAGAAGUAUGUUCAUUUCCAGAGGAGGGCCUGCUACCUACCACUCUUACUUCGCUCUCCAUCUCCACUCUGUCUGGCGUUAAAACAAUGGAAGGCAAAGGUUUUAGAGAGCUCGCCUCUCUUCAAAGCUUGGCAAUUCGGAGAUGCCCUGAGCUGCAAUGCUUGCCAGACGAAGGACUCCCCCCUUCUCUAUCUCUUCUAGAGAUCUUCUACUGUCCUUUACUAAAACAGCGGUACCAAAGAGAUAAAGGGGAGGACUGGCCCAAGAUUGCUCACAUUCAUCACAUAAUGAUUGAUGGGGAACAUAUAUAACAUGGGAUUUCUUGAUAUUGGUCCCAGUUUUUGCAAUCAGAUUCUUAUCAUUUGCAUGUUAUGAAGCGACUUCUACCGGUCUUCUGUUGGUUUUGUGCUGUGCUUGACAGAAGAGAAUACUUCCAAAUUCAUUAUAUUGACAGUUCACCUAUUCAUCUGCUUAUGAAUCAAAUGGUUGAUGACAGAACUCAGGUUUCUCCUUUGGAAUCACAAAUGAAGUCAAACGGCUCUCUACAAGCCAUUUUUCGUAAAAUAGAUCCCUCAGUUGGCAGGAAUGAGAAUCCACGCUCCAGUUGAGACAAGAGUGACAAAAUUCAACUGGCGAUCACAUUGAAGUGCCAAAAGCCUCAUGCAGAAUCAGAAGCAUAUGAAACUGGUUGUCGAGUUGCGCAUUGAGCUACCAGCCUACCAUACUCAGAAAACCAUUAACACUUCUCUGGGGUCUUGAUUCAAAAGUUAGGGAUUGGAUUGUUCGUAUAUAGUUCUAGGCGUACCUUCUCUCUGUGAUGGUUUUGCUCUCCCUGCCCGCUUCUUUACAGAAUUAUAUCUCUGUUGUCUCAGUGUCAUGUCUCGGUCCCUAUGAUAUAUUCCUCUCUAGUAAUCCGUCUUCAGAUACGUCAAGCGUGAUUUUGUUUUUUGGCUACCUUAUCCUAGAUUUAGCAUUUAUGAAGUUUGGCCUCAUAGUUUCUUUGUAAGCAUA